CCUUCUCUCAUCUGUUUCCUCUUCCUUCUCUGUGUUUUUGCCCUAAUUGUUUUCAGUUUCAAUCAAUCUCUCUGCAAAAUUUUCUUUCCAACGAUGAAGAACCGAGCUGGAAAAGACGAAGAACAGACUUGCUCGAAAUCGAAGUUCAUGAAGGCCAAUAAACACAAGAACAUGAAACGAUUGGGAGGGAAGGGCCCUUCGCCCCAGGCGUUCGCGAAUGCGAAAUCAACUACUGAUUACUAUAAUCCAGCUUUGAUAAAAAAGCAAAGAGAGUUCUAUAAGAAUGCUAAACAUGUCAACAAGUAUAAGAAGUUGGUAAAGCAUCAGAAUAAUCAGAAUGAGAGGCCAUCUAGCUCAACUCUUGGACUUGUCGAGGGUGAAAAUGAAAUGAAAUUCGAGAAUCAGACGAAUGGAAGACGUGGGAACGAAAGGAAUAAAGGCGUACCUAGUCUCCAGGGACUGUAUGAGAGAAAGCAUCAAGAGAAAGAGAAAGCAAGAAAGGAGAAAGAAGCCAUUAUUGCUGCAAAAAAGGAAGAACGAGAAAGAGCUAAAGCUAGAAGAAACUCCACGAGGGAGAAAAUGUUCAAAAGGACACAAAAAGGGCAGCCAGUUAUGAAGUACCGAAUUGAGCAUCUUUUGGAGACCAUUGGCGCCUCAGUGAACCACUGAGGACUUUGUGAAACAAAAUUUUGUUCGCUUUAGUGUUUUUUAUGGCGUUCAUCAACGUGUAGGAGAGGGGAGACUCAAAUUUUGAUCCCUUCAUAUAAGGUAUAUGUCUUAACUAAUUGAAUUAUGCUUAGUUUAUCUAAAGUUAGGUGUUGAAACUCGACGAAUAUCUGAACUAGUUAGGUGGCAUUCAAUACUAUCCAUUAGAUUCUUUAACAAUCUCGUAACCAAGAAUCUAAGUUUCAUAGGACAGGACAUGGUUUACUUUGAUUACCAAGUACUCCCUUUAUCAUGCAUAGAUAGAUCUACAUACACACAGACACAAAUUGUUCGAAUGUUUGAGAUGCACCAAUCACGAGCAAGUUCCAAUAGAAUUGGAAUGACAUGUUCGGGAUGAAAAAACUCAGCAUCUCAUCGACUCCCUUUAUCAUGCAUAGAUAGAUCUACAUACACAUAAACACAAAUUGUUUGAAUGUUCGAGAUGCACCAAUCACGAGCAAGUUCCAAUAGAAUUGGAAUGGCAUGUUCGGGAUGAAAAAAUUCAGCAUCGCAUCGACUAGCCAACAUUAUAAUAUCCACAGAAUUCAAUUCAGCAUCACAAGACGGUUUUAUUCAAGAAGGAAUGGGUAAAUUCUAAAUGAAACCGUUCAUCCUCUAAGAUUAUCCAACAUAUUACAAUUACAGUAUUAAAGAUGAUUCUCAAGGUGAAUCUACAAACAAAGAUUUAUACUGUACAAGAAUCGAACUUGGAAGCUUCGGGACGAUUCGAUCGGAGUCGAAUCUCAAGGCCAACGACACAGUACAUAAGCUCGGCGUGGUUGAGGCUGGCAGAUGACCAUGAGGGUGAGAGCUAUAACAAUAGCCAGCAGAAGUCCCAUAAGAUUCAAUCCAUCGGCAUCACCAGUUGAGCAACAAUGCUUCCCCAUCAGAUUUACAGAGCAAAAAAACCAGUUUCCUUCCCAAUUAGAAGUCUCAAAAUUGAGCCCUCUUGAACCCUUUCCUCCGGUCAAUAUAAAGUGUCUCAAGUCAAGUCUUUGUGUUAAGUCUUUAUAAAGGUCUUUGAUUCUUCUCCCUGUACUUAAUGCGGCAGUUGGGUGGUUUUUAUUUCUUCAGAUUAGUGAAAGGACAAAAAUGUAAAAAUGUCACUUUUUUUCGUCGGGACCCCAAUUCAUGUUACAUUUAAUAGCGUA